ACCGCAGGACUACGAGAAAACAAGAACAAAAAUCCUCUCAUACUGACCUUACCAAAGUCAUUGAUGACUUUAUCCCGAAGUUAGACUUGCAUGUCGACUGGCCAAACGGUCCGUAUGCCUCUCUCGGCAACACCCUGGAUCCCAAGGACGCCCAGGACCUGCCCGCAUUCAAGCUCUAUUUGGGCUCCCGCGACGUGACGAAUGACAGUGCGAGAUAUGUCGUCACGGUUACGGACCCCGACGCCCCUGCAUCAGAGUACUGCCACUACAUUGGAGCACACGUGCCCCCGCCUCGGCUGGCGCUCGAUGAGUGCGCGCGACAAAUCCCUAACUUGACAAACGGCCUCGAGGAAGUGACUCCGUACAUGGGCCCGGCACCGCAACCGAAGACGGGGAAACAUCGAUACGUGAUCCUGGUCUUCACACCAGCCACUGGCACCACGGUUCCAUUGCGUCUCAUCAAGCCAUCAGACCGUGCACGCUGGGGUCGUAAGGAGGAGGGUGUCCACGGGGUCCGUGAGUGGGCUGCGGAGAAUCGCCUUGUGCCCGUUGCUGCAAACUUUUUCUACGCUCAGAAUGAAGAGCAGUGAGUGCUUGCGCGUAAGGUAACCAGGCACCACGAAAACCCGUUUUUGGUGCUCAAAAUCAACUCACCCUAGUCUGCAGGGGGAAUGACUCUUCGAAACCCAUCGCUCCAAUAUAAUGUUGAUCAUUGAGUAUCAAGAGCUUGCGUAAUGUCCUGUGCUGUCGAAGACACGCCACGGACCCAGUUGACUGUGGGGAUGCCAUGCCGACAUUUACCUUUGUCUGCUUCCAAGUCGUUUCCGCCUCCGUGGUUGACUGCACAUGGCGCUUUGAAUGAAAGGCGAGUAUUGCAGCCGAGCCCACGAGAUUCGCGGGCAUCGUUGGCAAAAGAAGAUUGAAG